ACAUUUCUCCUAACAAAAAAACAAAAAAAAAAAAACCUAACGAUGGAGAAUUUCUCAUACAGUUCGUACCCUGACUCGGGUGACUCGUCGCCCCACUCCAGAGAGAUCGACUUCGAGAAUCCACCGCCGUGGGACGAUCAACCGCCGCAGCAACAUCAGAACUACAAGGUCAAGUUCAUGUGCAGCUACGGCGGCAAGAUCCUCCCCCGUCCUCACGACAAUCAACUCUGCUACAUCGGCGGCGAGACCAAGAUCCUCGCCGUUGAUCGGACCGUCAAGUUCUCCAAUAUGGUUUCUAAGCUUUCUGCUCUAUGCGAGAACGAGGUUUCGUUUAAGUACCAGCUCCCCGGUGAGGAUCUCGACGCCUUGAUCUCCGUCACCAACGACGAUGACUUGGAGCACAUGAUGCAUGAGUACGAUCGCUUCUACCGGACCACUGGUAAGCCGGCGAGGAUGAGGCUGUUUCUCUUUCCCAUGGUGGCUAACUCCGCCUCAAGUUUCGGUUCGGAGGGUCCGAACCCCGAUCGGGAUCAGUUCGUCGAGGCUUUGAAUUUGGUUCAGAAUCAUGGAUCCGACCCGGCCCAGAAACCUCCAGUUCACAACAACGUCGACUUCUUGUUUGGCCUCGAGAAAAAUGUUGGCAUCAGAGCUGCGGCGUCUCCUCCGCCUCCGCCGACUGUUCCGGAACCAUUGGCUCCGGCGCCGGAAUAUCAGGUUAUGGGUGGAGUUAAUCGCGUUGUCGGGUCGAACCCACCCGUUAACCCGGUUGAUAUUCAGAGGCAGUUGCAGAAGUUGCAAAUUGAACACGAACAUCAACAGCAACAACUCCAUCAUCAACAGCAACAACAAAACCAACAAGCCAUGUAUGGAAGAAAAAGCGAUGAGAAUCUGGUCGGAGGAUACGCCGGAGAAAAUUACUACAUCCAUAAAGUUCCGGAAAAGAUUCCAGCCAUGUCUGCUCCUCCUCCGCAGGGUUACUGGCCGGAAAAGCAAGUCACAAGCGGUGGAUAUCCACCGAACCACGGAGGAGCAGCACAGGACCAUCCGGUGUACAUGAUCCCGGCUCACGGUGCUCCGGUCUACCAUCACCAACCCAUGGUCCGACCGGUUACCGGUCCACCCGGUCAACCUCAAGGUUACUACCAAGUUCAGCAGCAGCGAAUGGCUCCCGAUGUUUACCAGGAACAGCCGGUGUACAAUGUGGUACCUCCACCGCAGCAGCAGCAACAUCAGCCGCCUCUCUCUGCGCCGCCACAGAAUCUUCCGACUCAGGCGCCGAAGAUGGCGGCCACGUAUCAGGAAGGGAUGGGAAUCGGGCGGCCAAGUGGCGGAGGCGGAGGAAUGGUUCCUACAUCGGACGUGGGUCAGUACACCCAGGUGGCGUACGAUAGCGCGACGGGUAGACAGGUUUUCUAUACCGCGGGAGGUGGGAUGGUGUUGGCACCUUCUCAGGCAUCGGCGGCGGCGGCUCCGGGGCCACAGCUAAGUUACGCGGCGGUGGCGGCUGACACGAGACCUGGCGGGUCGUUGGGUCAGGAGCCGGGUAAGGUGGUUGUUACCAAAGUUUCACAAGCAUCAGUGUGACUGUUGUGAUAAGAUUAAUUAUAGAUUUGAAAUUACAUAAUUAAAUAUUAUUAUUAUUAUUAUUAUUAUUACUAUUAUGUUAUUGAUAUUCGAAGAAAUUUCCAUUUGGUGUUUUUGUUUUUUUUUGAGUUUUAUUGACUUUGAUUUUGUAUAUUAUUAUGACUAAAGAUAAUAUUAGUGGUGUGUCAUUGGACAUCUUAAUCAUUAA